UUACGAUUCCUACAUAAAUUUGAUCUCUCGAUUAACUUCAAUCCAUCAAUCGACUCCUUUCCUUAAGCGAACCAAUUAGAGAAUCACUCCAAAUUUUGACAUCGACACAAUUCCCAGUUGAAUUUGUUGCAUUUUUAUUUUCUGAGUAAUGCUGAUAUGUGGGCCACCAAUCAUCCUAAAAAAAGAGAUAUAAGGUGGAGUACUCAUUUCUCGAGUAUCUCUCCCCUUCUCUUUGGCGUAAAAGGAAAAACACCCGUCUCGUCGUCUCCUCAGCUCCGUGCGCCAUCUCGCGUCGCGGCUGAACAGGGGAGGGGAGGGGAUCCUGCCUUUGUUUGUUUGAUGGCCUCACCUGCAUCACCGAGAGAGUUCACUCAGGAAGCUGCCCGUCAGUCUCUGAUUGCGAUCUCCCGGUCUGUUCCAGCGGCAGGAGAAGCCGUCAACAUCAAGUCACCGAGCGGCGCCAUGGUGAAUGGCCACCACCACGACGAUGACGGGGCAGAGAAGUACAGAUCAAAGCUCAUCUCCAUCUCCAACCUGUCGCCUGAUGCCCAGCCUACGCCGUGCUCUCCCAAGGACACCGCUGCUGCUUAGGCUUAAUUAACCGUGUGACCAUGUUACUGCUUACACUUCCAAGUGUGGAUAUCGUGUCCCAGCGUGUGUCGCUAAAUGCUGAGACUGUGAUCAGGACCCUUGGCCUUAAUAACUGCCAUGACUGUAUAUGGUCUUGUGAUGAACUGCCCAGUGGGAUACUGCCCUUCUUAUGUGUGAAAGAUGCAUCAUGGCCUGAAAUCUUCUCGCGUGUAAAAUCAGUACAGCAGUUACCUGAAAACUGUUUUGCAAAUGCAGUGGAUCACUAUCUUGUUCUUC